CGCGCUGCGCGUUUGCUUUUACGGAAAACCGGCCUGCCGUUUCCAUUUCACCACUAGCUACCUCCAUCCAAUAGCUAGCUCUCACUCCCUCCUUCCAUCGCUCUCUCUCCCUCCCUUUCCUCUCUCUAGAAUUGAAGGCAUCUCUCACAGCAUCUCUCUCUAGCUAGGUAGCAUAGUCUCUCUCCAGUUCAGAGAUGAAAGAGGGCCGGAGGCUAGGGGAUCCUGGCCAGUAGAAGUACUCGAUCGAUCGAGCUCUCGUUCCUGGUGUUGCGGCUAUCUCUACAGCUACAGGUUUGAUUGAUGGAUCGCCUACCUUUUUUUGGUCUCUUUGCUUUGCUUCGUCUGGUGGGUUGGUGCCAUAUAUAUAUGUAUCAUUUUUUCAAUAAUGAAAACUUUAUUAACUCACAUCAUUGCAUCAUGUUCAUGUAUACGAUGGAUGUGCCUUAUUUGCUAUAGGUAGUUUGGUGGAUCCAUGGACAUGAUGAUCUCCAGCGCCAGCAACACUGAUGCUCACCACCACAACCACCAGCAUCAGCAGGAUCCGAUGGGCACUGCGGCGGCAUCACUGCAGACAGAGGAAGGGAGGAAUGCCAAGCAGGCGGCGGCCGGCGGCGGUUGCGGGGAGCGUAAGCCUCGGCCGGCGCAGGAUCAUGCGCUCCAGUGUCCGCGGUGCGAGUCCAGCAACACCAAGUUCUGCUACUACAACAACUACAACAUGUUGCAGCCGCGCUACUUCUGCAAGGCCUGCCGCCGCUAUUGGACCCAAGGCGGCUCCCUCCGCGACGUCCCCGUUGGUGGAAGAUGCCGCAAGAGCAAGCGCUCCUCCUCGGCAUCAUCCUUGCAGUCAUCCAGCUCAAGCUCCAUUAAGAUGAACAACCAGCAGCUGGUGCCGCGGCAACCCAUGGUUCCUGUCUCGAUGGACUUCCCCAACGUGCUCCCGACGUUUAUGUCGACCGGCUUCGAGCUCCCCAGCGACUACAUGCCCUUGGCGCCGCUGUCCUUGUCCAACCCACCUCCGGAGCUGUCUACGGGUUCCGGGACGACGGCCUCAUUUCUGGACAUAAUGGGAGGAGGGUUUCUUGAUGGCAACCAUCAGAGCAUCUGCUUCUACGGCCCUACGACCAACGGGAUGGUGAUGCCGCUCCCGCAGUCAUUUGGACUUGCAGUGAUGCAGCAUCAGUAUGGGCCUAACAAUGGUGAUGUUGCUGGAUCAGCUGAUGGGCUACUGCAGAUUGGUAAUGAUGGUGCACAUCAGCAGCAGCUGGGAUUGGCAAAUAACAAUGAUGCGAUUAUGGAUAGCAACAACGGCAGCGGCUCAAGCAGGGACUGCUACUGGAAGAACAGCAACGGUGCGGGUGUGCCGGCCGGGCAGUACCAGUAGUGCUUCUACUGCGACUGCAACUAUUAAUAAUAAUCCGUGGCAAGCAGGAGCAGGAGGCCUCAUAUGAUUCCGACCUAAUUAAGCUAGCUAGUGCAAUCAUCAUGCAUCAUUCAGCAAAUAUGCUUCAUCCGUAAUGGAAGCUCAAGGGAACUAUGUAGUUAGAGCGUUUGUGCUCAUGCAUGGCGGCAAGUCAUCAUGCAUCACAUUUUUAUUCAUUUGCAUGCGUACAUGAGAGUUUGUCAUAUCGCCAUUACUUAGUUAUGCUUCCUUUGGAUAAUUUUAUC